CCUAAUCAUUCACAAACUAUAUCUUGCUACGUUUGCACAAAUAAGCUAGCUUGCUAAAUACAUAUUCAAAUUCAAAGCCAACUAACGAUUAUUACAAUAAUACAUAAUUACAUCUUGUUGCUAAGGCGCAUAUCAGGGAUAACCUACCUCUAAACCCAUUGCAAGUCCCAUACGCUAAGGCAAACAAAAUAAACAAUAACUAAGCAGCUAUCAUAUCCAUCUACUAACAAUAAACUUCACACUAAGUUGUUAUCAGUAAACUAUUUAUAAGUAAUCAAACCACAUUCAGUAUUCAGUCAAUAACGCUUUGCUUAUUCUCCGCAUUCCAGUUGUGUGGCCGCUGCCUCAGCUGAUACCAUAGUGUUGGCUCGCAGUGAGUGCCAUCCCGUCCACGCCAGCCAGCCCAGCGAGGUCAUUUAACCCACCAUACACCACACAACCGAACUGAGAGCAUCUAUUAUUAAGUUAAAGUAUUAUUUUAAUUAUUUCAUUGACUAAUUAUUGGUUUACUUUGGUACAACUAAACAGUAGGUACUCUUAACUUAUAACUGCACCAUGUCACAAGGGGAGACUGCACCUAAGUCUCCAUCAGAGAAUCUAAAGCUAAAUGUACCUCAGACUAGUUACUAUAACAGUCUGAAGGAUCUCAAUACUAAGCGUAGUUCUGUAAAGGGCAGAAUUACAAAAUACAAAAAUCUUUUAAAGAAAAUAACCGAAUCACAUGAUGUUUCGCCAACUGAUUUGUGCAUGCUAACCCAAAGGUUUGAUAAGUUUCAUGAGUUAUAUUCAACUUUUGAUGAAUUACAGUCUCAGAUAGAAUUAUUAAAUUCCUCUAAUUUAGAGAGUGAACUCGACACUCGUGAAGAGUUAGAGGCUGAGUUUUCAUUGCUUAUUGCACAAACUCGAGUAUAUUUAGAUAAGAACAAGUCUCAUAAAAAUGACUUUGAAUCUGCAUCUGAAAAUGGGUCUCACAAGUCUAGUUGCAGCCACUCAUGUGACAAUGGUGUUGGUGCAAGCUUCAAACUGCCUAUAAUAAAAAUAUCGAACUUUGAUGGUUCAUAUUUUAAGUGGUUGGAAUUUAGAGAUACUUUCACUUCUCUCAUCCACAACAACAACCAAAUUAAACCAAUACACAAGUUUCAUUACUUGAAUUCUUACCUGGAAGGGGAGGCUGCUCGUGUCUUAACCAAUCUAGAAGUAACGACUGAUAAUUACAAGGAAGCCUGGCGUCUCCUCUGUGAGAGAUACAACAACGAAAAACAAUUGAUAAAAAAUCACUUGAAUUCUUUAUGCAACAUUCAACCUGUCGCCCGAGACUCCGCAAAGGGUUUGAGGUUCAUAGUUGACCAUGUUUCCAAGAACCUACGGGCAUUGAGCUCUCUUGGUGAACCAACAACCUCCUGGGACACCCUCAUCAUUCAUUUGGUCUCGGCAAAGCUCGACAACAAUUCUACUUUUAAGUGGGAAGAAUAUAAAAAUAAUUUUGAAAAAUCACCAUCAUUAAAUGAUUUUUUCACAUUUCUAAAGGGUCGUGCAGACAUUCUCGAGUCAGUUAACUAUAAUAAAACUGUCAACAAUCACCCCAGACCGGACUCACACUCAACUUAUAACAAACCUGAUAAGUCACAUACAAAAUCUUUCGCAAUUUCAGCCACUGAUGCCCCUCCAGCUCCUGUGUGUGUGCUGUGCAAUGGGAGUCAUCGCAUUUACGACUGCGCGUCGUUCCUGGCCAUGUCCGUGGAGGACAGAUGCUCGGAAGCAGCUCGUCUUCGCCUGUGUACCAACUGCUUGCGUAAAGGCCAUUCUUCUCGCCAGUGCAGACUUCGUUCAUGCUCCAUUUGCAAAUUGCGACACAACACUCUCCUCCAUAGGAGUACCAACCGUGACCCUCCUCAGGCUCAAAAUACCUCAAACGUAAAUACAUCCACCAUGGAAUCUGAGAUAGCGGGAGCCAAUCGUCUUUAA